CACCCCCCCAAGCUUAUAUACGCCCCCUGCCCUCUCCCGCCCUCCUGUUCCACCGCCUCUUCUCGUCGCCUUGGCAUCUGCAUCAGGAUCAUGUGAGAGAGCAUGCCUCCCACCACGGCCCGCCCCCCGUCGACGUCACUGUUCGCGCGCAUCAAGUCGCCCUUUGGCCCAAAGGCCCGCAGCCUCGCCGAGUACUACAUCAAGCCCGACGACCCCCACCGCCAAUACUCGCCCGGCGACUGCAUCACCGGCUGCGUUGUCCUCAGGGUCGUCAAGCCCAUCCGCGUCACCCACAUUGUCGUCUCGCUCCAUGGCUUCGUCCAGGUCUACAAGGCCCCCAACUCGCCCGGCGACGGCUACCGUGCCCACUAUGCCUCGAUAGCAUCGGGAAGGGGGAGCCGCGUUGGCGGCUAUUUCGGCAACGGCUUCGCCUCGCUGUUCGAGGAUGAGGUCGUCCUCUGCGGUGAGGGCCGCCUUGGCGAGGGCACCUACCAGUUCAACUUCGAACUCGUCUUCCCUAGCAAAGGCCUCCCCAGCAGCAUAGACUUUGAGAGAGGCACCAUAUCCUACAUGUUAACUUCCACCGUGACACGGCCCACCACCAUCAUGCCGACAACUUCGUGCGAUAGGAAGGUCUACCUUCUCGAGAAUGUCGACAUCGCUCCUCUUUUCCGGCCAAAGCCACGGGUGGUCACCCUGGAGCGCGUAUCACGCCGUUCAAAAGCAAAGAGCAAGGUCAAGAAAGGCGUGUCGUCGAGUACAGACCAUACAGCAGCCCUGACGCCUACGGAUUAUUCAAGGAGCAGCCGGGUAUCCGAGUUGGGCAGUACUGUUGACGAUGUAGAGGCUCCAGGGAGCCCCGCGCCAAGCGACACUAGCUUCGACAGUCAUUUAAGCAGUAGCGGUGCCGGCUCGUCCAACGGAUCCAAUGCAAAAGGUCCAGAUCUUGGCACGGCUAGUGCCGGAAAACCAGCUCUGGGCGACAAGCAUCCCAUCACAGCGACGAUAGAACUCUUGAAGGCUGGUUUUCUCCGUGGCGAUACCAUACCGCUCAAAAUCUCUAUAAAGCAUACCAAGCAUUUUCAGAAUCUCCGCGGCAUCAUUGUUACACUUUAUCGACAGGCGCGUGUGGACAUGCACCCUGCCAUUCCUGUCGUCAUGAACGCCAAAGGUGAAAAAGUACAGAACGAGGACUACUACCCCAAGUCGAAGACAGGCCUAGGAGGUCUGUCUCUUUCCUCUGCUGGAUCGACGCAUGUCUAUCGGAAAGACCUUUCCCAGUCAUUUGCACCCCUCGUCGUGGACCCGCGCACACGUACUGCAGAGGUCAAGGCCGUUGUGCGCGUUCCGGACGACGCCUUUCCAACCAUCACCACUGUUCCUGGGGCAAUGAUCAGUUUCAAAUAUUACGUUGAGGUGGUUGUUGAUUUGCAGGGAAAGCUUACCGGCCUCGACAAAUACUUCUCAAACUCGGGCAUGAUGCUAGGUGUACCCGCAUCAUAUAGCAAUGCUCCGGCGACCGGCCGAGCCGAGGAAGCCACUGCCAGUGUCUACGCCGCUUGGGGAGGCCACUUUCUGGACACGGAACCGCUUCGGAGAGACAAGGGAGUUGUAUCUUGUGUGUUUGAAGUCAUCGUCGGUACCAAAGACAGCGAUCGACGUAAAGGGAAGCGUAAAGCCGAUCCAGGGACUGAGUUCGAGCAAACACCCACUGAAGCAGAAAUCCACGACGCACAGCCCAGUGACGAGGAUAAUCUAACUAGACACAUUGUCUUAUAUUCAGACCACACACCCCAGUAUGAGGCUGCGCAACGCGACAACCAGUCUGCGUACCCUCGCCCUGAGUCGGUCGACGAAGAUAGCCUACCUGAAAAAGAACGCCUACGCCGUACAGAAAUGCGCCUUCUACCCAGUCAGCCCCCCCAGGGCGAGGCUUCCAGUGUGGCUGCCCUGCAUACACCUUCUGCGCCAAUUCUAACAGAGCAUGAUGCACCAGCGCAGCUAGCAUACCGUCUGCAUGCGGCACCUGUUGCUGAUGAUUCGGUUGCCGCGGGUCCCUCUGCUCCUCCGUUGUCUGCACUCGACGACAAUGCCGGCGAAAUGCGACAGUCACAUGCGCCAUGCUAUGAGGAACAGCAAAGCCCACAGGCAACGCAUCAAGGCAUGUCUUCCGCUACAGAUGACAAGCAUGAAUUGCAACGGCGCAGAUUAGAAAUGGAGCGAAGUUCUCCCCAAAACGAUCCUGAGGGAGACUUGGAGGCGGGGAGAGAACAGGCUAAUGUUUCAUCGAUUGCCCUUACCCCGACCGCGCCUAUAUUCACAGAAGGGUAUGUUUUAUCUGCUGAACAUUCGAUUGAUUUGCCGAGAUACGAGCGGUGAUUGGGAUUGCGGCGUUCUGGCGUGUUUUUCUUGGGAAAUCGAUUCUUGGCGCAUGAUUUUGUCGGCUUUUGGAAUUUAGCUGUUCUGCAUGGGCUCUGGUUUGGUUUGUUGAUACCCUAGCCCGGCCAUGGUGGCAUGGGCUUGCAAUAUGAUUGGGGAAUGACGAGAACGGAGCAUAUCACUAGCGUUGUGGAGUCUGCUCGGAAACUAUGUACGGAGUUGCUUGUAAUGGUCACAAG